CUCCCGACUGGCAGCGCGUGGCUGCGCCUGCGCCUUGAUUCCUGUCGCCAUCUUGCCCCUUCAGAGGCACUGCAAACAAACCUAAUUCCUGGUGUUCCCUAGUCUUGGCGGAGGAGCCUUUUAGAUGAGCCCCGAAAGGCCGGGCAGGGAAGACAAGCUCUUUGGGGCUACCAAAAGGAAGCAGCAAUGCCUGUUGUGUGGCCAACCCUUUUGGAUCUCAGCAGGGAUGAAUGCAAAAGGAUUCUUCGAAAAUUGGAAUUGGAGGCAUAUGCUGGAGUUAUCAGUGCACUUCGGGCACAGGGGGAUCUCACCAAGGAAAAGAAAGAUCUUCUUGGAGAACUCUCAAAAGUUCUUAGCAUCUCAACAGAACGCCAUCGUGCUGAAGUUCGGAGAGCAGUAAACGAUGAACGGUUAACAACAAUUGCACAUAAAAUGAAUUUAUCCUUAUAUUUGGGUGAAAGACCAAGUUACAGUAUGUCUGGACCUAAUAGCUCUUCAGAAUGGUCCAUUGAAGGUCGUCGAUUGGUACCACUUAUGCCCCGGCUGGUUCCCCAAACCGCCUUCACGGUAACAGCUAAUGCUGUUGCCAAUGCAGCUAUCCAGCACAAUGCAUCUCUUCCAGUGCCUGCAGAAACAGGAAGCAAGGAAGUAGUGGUUUGCUAUUCCUACACAAGUACCACGUCAACCCCAACCUCUACCCCUGUUCCAAGUGGCAGCAUAGCAACGGUUAAGUCUCCAAGACCUGCCAGUCCUGCCUCCAAUGUAGUUGUCUUGCCAAGUGGAAGUACUGUUUAUGUCAAAAGUGUUAGCUGUUCAGAUGAAGAUGAAAAACCCAGAAAACGAAGACGAACAAACUCUUCUAGUUCCUCCCCCGUUGUCCUAAAGGAAGUUCCAAAGGCAGUUGUUCCAGUCUCAAAGACGAUCACGGUGCCUGUGAGUGGCAGUCCCAAGAUGAGCAACAUCAUGCAGAGCAUCGCCAACUCCUUGCCACCACAUAUGUCUCCUGUCAAAAUAACCUUCACCAAACCCUCAACACAGACGACAAACACAACAACACAGAAGGUUAUUAUAGUGACGACAUCACCAAGUUCAACCUUCGUGCCCAACAUUCUCUCCAAAUCCCAUAACUAUGCAGCAGUCACUAAGCUUGUACCAACGUCAGUCAUUGCUUCCACAACCCAGAAGCCACCAGUGGUUAUAACUGCUUCACAGUCUUCUCUGGUCAGUAGUAGCAGCAGUGGGAGCAGCAGUUCUACACCAUCACCUAUUCCUAACACAGUUGCGGUAACAGCUGUAGUAUCUUCCACACCAUCCGUGGUCAUGUCAACGGUAGCACAAGGUGUAUCUACAUCAGCAAUCAAAAUGGCAUCAACCAGACUUCCUUCCCCCAAAAGCUUAGUGAGUGCACCAACUCAGAUUCUUGCACAGUUUCCUAAACAGCAUCAACAGUCUCCUAAGCAGCAGUUACAUCAAGUGCAGCAACAGACACAGCAACAGGUGGCCCAACCUUCUCCAGUAUCUCAUCAGCAACAGCCUCAGCAGUCUCCUUUGCCACCUGGUAUCAAGCCUACCAUCCAAAUUAAACAGGAGUCAGGUGUUAAAAUCAUCACACAACAGGUUCAACCAAGUAAAAUCUUACCCAAACCAGUGACAGCAACUCUGCCCACCAGUAGUAAUUCCCCUAUAAUGGUGGUUAGCAGUAAUGGUGCAAUUAUGACAACUAAACUGGUAACCACUCCUACUGGCACACAGGCAACCUAUACUCGGCCAACAGUGAGCCCUUCCAUAGGUCGAAUGGCUGCAACCCCUGGAGCUGCAACCUAUGUGAAAACUACCAGUGGUAGCAUCAUUACAGUAGUACCCAAAUCAUUAGCUACCUUGGGGGGCAAGAUAAUUAGCAGUAAUAUAGUUUCUGGAACAACUACCAAAAUCACUACAAUCCCAAUGACUUCCAAGCCCAAUGUGAUUGUUGUACAAAAGACUACAGGAAAAGGAACGACCAUUCAAGGCCUCCCGGGCAAAAACGUUGUCACAACAUUGCUAAAUGCUGGAGGAGAGAAGACUAUUCAGACAGUACCAACAGGAACAAAACCAGCUAUCAUCACUGCUACAAGACCCAUCACCAAAAUGAUUGUAACUCAGCCAAAAGGAAUAGGUUCCACAGUUCAACCAGCAGCUAAAAUCAUCCCAACAAAAAUUGUUUAUGGACAGCAAGGGAAAACACAGGUUCUUAUUAAACCUAAACCAGUGACGUUUCAAGCUACAGUUGUUAGUGAACAAACAAGGCAGCUGGUAACAGAAACAUUACAGCAAGCAUCCAGGGUAGCAGAGGCUGGUAAUUCAUCUAUUCAGGAGGGAAAAGAAGAACCACAGAGUUACACAGAUAGUAGUUCCUCUUCUACAGAGUCCUCCCAAAGUUCCCAAGAUUCCCAGCCUGUAGUUCAUGUAAUUGCUUCCCGGCGUCAGGAUUGGUCAGAACAUGAGAUUGCAAUGGAGACUAGCCCCACCAUAAUUUAUCAGGAUGUAUCCAGUGAAUCACAAUCAGCUACUUCAACAAUCAAAGCUCUGUUAGAACUCCAACAGACAACAGUAAAGGAAAAAUUGGAAUCUAAACCAAGACAACCCACUAUUGACUUGAGUCAAAUGGCAGUGCCUAUUCAGAUGACCCAGGAAAAGAGACAUUCUCCUGAGAGUCCAUCAAUUGCUGUGGUAGAGUCAGAACUAGUUGCUGAAUACAUCACUACUGAAUGCACUGAUGAGGGGACAGAGGUUGCUUUUCCCCUUCUAGUCAGCCAUCGUUCCCAGCCCCAGCAGCCCUCUCAGCCCCAGAGGACCCUGCUCCAGCAUGUGGCUCAGUCACAAACUGCAACACAGACUUCAGUGGUGGUGAAAUCCAUCCCUGCAUCUUCUACUGGCGCAAUCACCCACAUUAUGCAGCAGGCAUUAAGCAGUCACACUGCUUUUACCAAACACAGCGAGGAACUUGGAACUGAGGAGGGCGAGGUUGAAGAGAUGGACACUUUAGACCCUCAGACAGGUCUGUUUUACCGAUCUGCCCUGACUCAGUCACAGUCAGCUAAACAGCAGAAACUUAGCCAGCCCCAGCUGGAACAGACUCAGCUGCAAGUGAAAACUCUGCAGUGCUUCCAGACUAAACAGAAGCAGACCAUCCAUCUGCAGGCAGAACAGCUCCAGCACAAACUCCCGCAAAUGCCCCAGCUUUCCAUCAGGCAUCAGAAACUCACCCCUCUCCAGCAAGAGCAAGCACAGCCCAAGCCAGAUGUACAGCACACACAGCAUCCCAUGGUGGCCAAAGACAGGCAGCUUCCUACCCUAAUGGCACAGCCCCCGCAAACUGUAGUACAGGUGCUUGCCGUGAAAACCACGCAGCAGCUCCCUAAACUGCAGCAGGCUCCGAAUCAACCAAAAAUCUACGUGCAACCCCAAACUCCCCAGAGCCAAAUGCCGCUCCCAGCCUCGUCAGAGAAACAGCCGACAAGCCAGGUGGAGCAACCAAUUAUAACCCAAGGAUCCUCUGUUACAAAGAUAACUUUUGAGGGGCGCCAGCCUCCCACAGUUACAAAGAUAACUGGUGGCAGUUCUGUGCCUAAGCUGACAUCACCAGUUACAAGCAUAUCUCCCAUGCAGGCCUCUGAGAAGACAGCAGUGUCAGACAUUUUGAAAAUGUCUUUGAUGGAAGCUCAGAUUGAUACAAAUGUAGAGCAUAUGGUAGUGGAUCCCCCAAAGAAGGCUUUUGCCACUAGUAUGCUCACUGGUGAAGCAGGAUCGUUACCCUCUACCCACGUGGUGGUGGCAGGGUUGGCGAAUUCUACUUCCCAGCAACAGAAAUGUAGAGAGUCCUGUUCAAGUCCAUCUGCUGUUGGCCCUCCCCUAACGACAAGGAAAAUCGAUGCACCAGGAGUGCCUAUAACAGGCCAGUUCAUGCGUAUUCAGAAUAUAGGCCAAAAGAAACCUGAAGAGAGCCCAGCAGAAAUUAUCAUCCAGGCCAUUCCACAAUAUGCUAUUCCUUGUCACUCCAGCUCCAAUGUGGUAGUGGAGCCCAGUGGGCUCCUUGAGCUCAACAACUUCACCAGUCAGCAGCUGGAUGACGAUGAGACAGCAAUGGAGCAGGACAUAGACAGUAGCACGGAGGAUGGAACGGAGCCCAGCCCCUCUCAGAGUUCUGCGGAACGGUCCUAGUGUUUUGGACACAGGAGUGCACUUUAAAACCUGCUUGGUUACCAAGUGUCCAGGGAAGCCCUUGUAUUUUGAUGUCUAAAGAGAGCACUUUGCCCAUAAUUAGGCUGUGGACCCUGAAACAGCAGUGUUUCAACAAAGAUAUUGCUUCAGGAGCAGUGUUUUAAAACAAGAUAAAACUCACGGGGGAAUGUACUUUUUUAAAAAA